AGAAAAAUUUGUGAAAGAAGCGGAAUGGCGCAUGACUCUGUUUAUCUGAUCUGUAAGAAUCACUUUGAAUUUCCUUAGAGAACGCCUCGUGCAAGUGAUUUAAUUUAGAUUUUAAUUUUUAUUAUGGCCGAAAGAAAGUGUUUAAUAUGUGGGGCUUCUGAGUCAGAAGUCCAGAGAUUAUUUUGUUUUCCAUACAACCCUGCAAGGAAUGAGUUGUGGAUGCAAACUCUGGGUUUUAAAGCAUGUGCUGUAAGAAAGCAUCACAGAAUUUGCAACAACCAUUUCAGAAGGGAAGCUUUCACCGAUUCAAGUUUGCAGAAACUGAAUAGAAAUGCUAUUUCCAUGCCUUGGGUAAUCUCUUCUUCUGCAGCAAAUACAUUGGAAAGCAUGCCUUCCCUUAUUAAUGAGGAACAUGCUGGUACAUCAGGUAUAUCCACAUUCCCAGCGUCAGUUCUAGCUGAUGAGGUAGAACCUAACACUGAUGAGGAACAUGCUGCUGUAUCAAGUACUUCCACAUUCCCAUCAUCAGUUCCAGCUAAUGAGGGAAAAGCUUCUGUAACUGAAGAGAUACAUGCAGGUACAUCAAUUUCAUUAUCAGAUCUCAAUGAUCCGACUCCGAGUACUCCGGCAUUGCCACAGUCUCCAAUGUGGAGGAGAUCCCGUGAAUUUAGAUCCAUUGGAGAACCUGUUUGGGCAAAUAAGGUAUGGUUGCGGAUCCAAUGACAAUCCUACAGUGCAGCAAUUCAUUGGA